ACAAAAUGGAGAUGGAUGGAGGUAGUAAGUACAGAUCAAGGGGCCACACAAUGGGCAGCAACAACUACAAAAGGCUCCCCUACCUGCUGCUGCUGCUGCUGGCCAUCGGCGCCGCCACGCUGAGCGUCAGCGUGCUGCACAAGAUGAGGGAGCGGCGCCUCCUCUCAGUCCUCGUCCAGGAACGCGAGCAGCAGCUCAUGUCCCUCCAGGUCCGCCUCGAGAAUGAAAAAGAAAUCAGUAAAGAGAUGAGGAGAAAAGUGGAUGAACUGGAAGCUAAGACGUCUAUCCUGAGCAUUGAGAGGACAGAACUGAAGAACAAGGUCAUGAAUUCAGAAACAACCACCACCUAUCUUACCAACACCCAGAAAGAACUGGAGGCAGCUCUUGUGGAGAAAGAGAGCCAUAUCAACCAAAUGAAAGAGAUUGUAGCUGCUUCAGGCCCUGACCAGAUGUCGGCUAUAAAGGAACUCCUGCAACAAAAGGAAGCUGAGCUCGAAGAGAUAAAGACCAAGUUCCAGGACUACAAGAAACCAGACACGGAAGUCGGCGACAACGAAGUGUUACGCACAAACAAUGAAAAUGCAACUUCUGACACUGUAGCACCCGAGAAUUCUGCAAGCUCUGGUGAUAGAACACCUGCUCCAACAGAAGAUCAUUCCUAUAACACCACUGCAUCAGAGAGCAACCAUCAAGACGAGAGAAUUUUAGAGAACACAAACGAUGAUGAUGCAAAUCCUGAUGCUGUGAUACCUGAGGAAAAAUCAAAUUCCAGUGAUUCCAUGCCUGCUACAGGAGAAGAACUGCAUUCCGACAACACCGCUGCAUCCGAGAGCAGCCACCAAGAUGAGAGAGCUGCAGUGGGCACAAACAACGAAGAUGUAACUCCUGACACUGUGAUAGGUGAGGAAAAAGCAAACUCCAGUAGUUCCACACCAGAUCAAGCAGAAGAACUGCAAUCCUACAACACCACUGUAUCCGAGAGCAGCCACCAAGAAGAUAGUUCAUCGGAAGGUCAGUUUGUAAAGUUCACAACUAACUUCGAAGAUGAUGCCUUGCAAGAGAAAACAGAUGAUGCCAACCAAAGUUCAGAUGACCCCCCUCCAAAGGGAACACAUUCAGAGGAAUCUGAACUUCGUAAAUCAGCAGACAGUCAAGAAAUCAGCAAAGAAGAACUAGAUGGGAAAAAACAAUUGGAUGACCCCCAAGGUGAAGUCAGCAAAGAAGUUGCUAGAGAACCAGAGAAGGAAAUCAACUCUGAUGGUGAGAUGAAGAUCUCAAAAGACAGUCAAGAAAUCAACAAAGAAGAACUAGAUGGCAAAAAACAAUCGGAGGACUCCCAAGGCGAGGUCAGCUACCACAGCAAAGAGAGUAAGCUGCUUGAGCAGGAAGAUGGAAAAGAAGUUGCUAGAGAACCAGAGAAGGAAAUCAACCCUGAUGGCGAGAUGAAGAUCUCAAAAAACAGCUUGACUGAAGCCAACCAGGAGAUAAUGCAGGUCGUGGGACCUGUUGCCAGCCCUGCAGAUGUCAACCUCAGCUUGUCAAAUAACAGUGAAUCAAAAGAAACAAGUAAGAGGCAUAGGAAGAGGAAGUCCAGAUCCAAAAGGAGGAAGAGGACCGACGUUGCUGCCAGCAAUGUUGAUGGAGAAGCCAUCAAAGCUAGGUAGAUGCCACAGCAAAUCCGUAAGGACUGUUUGGGUUUGAAGAAACACCGCAAUACAAUGAUGGAAGGUACAGAAAGGAGAAAUUGCAAAAGCAUAUUACAAGAGGCAAAAUCUAGAUCACUGUCAUAUGUUGAAUAGCUAUGAAGAGAACAAUGGGAAAUAAUAUAGCUACACAGCUUGUAUAAUUAGUUGCCAGUUUGAAGCUGAUGGCAGCAUAAAUAAUUAUUUAUUUCCUGAAUACUGUAAAUUGAUUCUUCGGUGAAACUAAUAGUAAACCAUGUUACACUUUACUUCC